AUGGCAAUUGUAAAUGCAAACUGUGAAUUUAUCAUGGUCGAUGUUGGAGCAAACGGUCGAAUAUCAGACGGUGGAGUUAUUAAGAAUACAACCUUUUGGAAUCUACUUGCCAAUAAUCAACUCAAUAUACCCGAACCCAUUACAUUACCAGCAUUUUCCAAAGAAUUACCCUUCGUUUUCGUAGGCGAUGAAGCGUUUCAAUUGACACCAAAUGUCAUGAAACCGUACAGAAGAACAGAUUUUACAGAUAAUAAGAAGAUUUUUAAUUACAGAUUGUCCCGUGCGCGAAGAAUUGUAGAAAAUAGUUUUGGGAUACUGUCAUCUCGAUUGAAAAUGUUAAAUAAAGCAAUCCUAUUGGCUCGAAAUAAAGUUCGCAAAAUAGUGCUCGCUUGCUGUUAUCUUCAUAACUAUUUGUCAAAGAGAAAAGAUAUGUAUUUACCCCGAGCUGAUGUAGACUAUGAGGAUGUUAAUAAUGGCAAUAUAGUACCAGGUUCAUGGGGAGCAGAAGAAAGGCAGUUGAUCUCUUUACAAGCCCUCAGAGGUAAUUUGGCAAACGAGGCAAAAAUAAUACGAGAUGACUUGUCAAUACUUUAA